GGCGGUACAGAGCAGAGUAGAGUAGAGCAGCAGAGCAGAACGAGUGAGCCACAUCCGCCACUGGAGGGAUCUAAUCUGUGCAAUCUGACGCUCAAGGAUUUAUAGGUUUAGUCAAAAUUGCUUUUCUCCACUGUGGAGAUUAAGUACCGUGGGAUGUUUUGUUGGUCAGGCCAGAGCUGCUGCUUCUUACCCAGCCCGAAGCUGUUUUGCUGAAGACAAUGUCCCAGGACCCACGCAGAGAGGUUUUAGACCUAGUGGGGUGUGGAAUUUGACUGGAAUUUGAGGUGUCCACGGUGGUAUGUGCACCAUGCAAGUGGAUACUGUGUUUGUGCUGUUCUGCGUCUGCCUCAUGGGGGUUGCUGGGAGAUCAGCUCAUCAAAGAGGCCAAAAGCUAGAGACCUACAAACAAAGCAGAUCCAGGAGACAAACAUCAAGAAUGGAUGGAGAAACUCAUAGCAACUCUGAAAGACCAAUCCUAAAGCGAAGUUCAGACAUGACAAAAUCUCCCAUGACAAAAUCUGAGCAGCUCCUAAGAAUAGAUGACCAUGAUUUUACCAUGAGACCAGCAUUUGGAGGACCCCCUAUUCCAGUUGGGGUAGAUGUUCAGGUUGAAAGUCUGGACACAAUCUCUGAAGUGGAUAUGGACUUCACCAUGACCCUGUACCUGAGGCACUACUGGAAGGACGAGCGCCUGUCCUUCCCCAGCACCAAUAACCAGAGCAUGACCUUCGACAGCAGGCUGGCCAAGAAGAUCUGGGUUCCUGACAUGUUCUUCGUCCACUCCAAGAGGUCCUUCAUCCACGACACAACCACGGACAACGUCAUGCUGAGGGUGCACCCUGACGGAAAUGUGCUCUACAGUCUAAGAAUCACAGUCACGGCCAUGUGCAACAUGGACCUGAGUCGCUUCCCUCUGGACACACAGACCUGCUCGCUGGAGAUAGAGAGCUACGCGUACACGGACGAUGACCUCAUGCUGUACUGGAAGAAAGGCAACGAGUCACUGAACACGGACGAGAGGAUAUCUUUAUCUCAGUUCCUCAUCCAGAAGUUCCACACCACUACAAAGCUGGCCUUUUAUAGCAGUACAGGCUGGUACAACCGUCUGUACAUCCACUUCACUCUACGACGCCACGUCUUCUUCUUCCUGCUCCAGACCUACUUCCCUGCCACCCUCAUGGUCAUGCUGUCCUGGGUCUCCUUCUGGAUCGACCGCAGGGCUGUCCCCGCUAGGGUCCCCUUGGGUAUCACCACGGUGCUCACCAUGUCCACCAUCAUCACUGGAGUCAACGCCUCCAUGCCCAGAGUGUCCUACAUCAAAGCAGUAGACAUCUACCUGUGGGUCAGUUUUGUGUUUGUCUUCCUCUCGGUCAUAGAGUAUGCAGCGGUCAACUACCUCUCGACCGUGCAGGAACGGAAAGAGAGGAAGCUAAGAGAAAGGUUGCCCUGUACCUGUGGCAUUGGCAACCCGGAUGACAUGACGUGCGACCCCCAGAUCUCCGGCUACACCACCAUGGACGUCAACCGCACAGCGAACUAUGGCACCGCAGGGAACUAUGGGAUGCCAGAGAACGGCGGCAGGCAGGAGAGGAUGUUGGCCCAGGUGGUUCUGAGGGAUCCCCAGCUCACGGGCCAGGUAAAGAGGCCAGGCUAUGUGAACAUUUGGAUAGACACCCACGCCAUAGACAAGUACUCACGGGUCCUAUUCCCUGGUUCCUACGCCCUGUUCAACAUCAUCUACUGGUCUAUCUACUCCUAACGCCUGGCCUGUGCCACAAAUGGGGAAGGACCCUUCUAACCUAUCACACUCACAUGCUGCAGUUAGAGCACAACAUGGUCAUAUUUAUUAAGCACCAAAUGGGCAGAGAACUGACUCAAACAGGGAGGGACUACAUGAACUUGUCGAUUUUUAGAGUGUGCCCUAAUGAAUGUGACCCAGGACUCCACUGUGACUCUAUUAACAGGGAUAGUGGCCACAGAGAGAACAUGUUUUUGUCUGUUUUUCAAGACAGCGAAAGAGAUUGAGAUAUGGCUCAUAAAAUGCAAGGAACAUUGCCUUCUUGACCGAGCCUCUUAAAUGGACUUAUUUAAAUAUGUACUCUUUCCAUGUGUAUUCAAGAAAACAAUUAUAAAGGUUUAUCGUCAUUUCCACUGAGCCACCGGGUCAAGCAUUACAAAAUUGGGUGCAGUAUUUUUAUUUAAACAUCCACUGAAAAUGUUCAGUUACAAUAUGGUUUCUCAAACAUCAGACUAAUUAAAAUUGAUAACUGGUGCAUCGGGGUUGAAAAACUAUUUUUGAUUGCAAUGUUUUCAAAUUUUGAAAUACAAUGUUGUUUACACAUGUUGUGAAUUAUUUUCCAUAGAACGUAUAGCCCCUUGUUGAUUAUAUAUUUGACAUUGAGAUUUUUUUUAUUUAUUAUGGUCACGAUUAAUUCAAACUUUUUGGGAUUGUGUCAUAUUGAUUGUGACCAAUGGACAACUAAGCAACUGAAAAACAACAUUGAUAGGUUUUAGAUCUGAAUGCUUGCCCACUGGGUGAAGGGCCUUGACAUGACGUGUAUAUAUUAGUGACUUAGCAUGACUAUGACUAGACAGUGCCCGGAGAGUGCUAUCCCUUUAAACUCUAAAGCCUGAAUUUCAGGUGAUAUCUUUAAAUUUUCGUAUUUGCAGUUCUAAAAUAUAAACACACUAUUUGGAUGUUAUGUAUCGUUGCUUCUGAUCUUAAACACUAGUUUGUUGGUAAUAAGCAACCAUUUGACCUUUGUGCUAAUUUUCACAGCAAUAGCACAACUACAUGUGACACGAAUACAUAAGAAACAAACCGGUUAGGUUAUUUGAAGCCAAAAUGUACAAAUCACUUUAGGCUGUUUUCUUUUCCACUAUUUUGAGACUUUUGAAGUUAAUGUCUCUUCGUGUAUAUUAUUAUGUGAGAUUCACUGUAUUAGUUGUUUCGGGUUUUAGAGUUCAUUCCCCUUUGAAUCCGUUUGAAUAAAUAACCUCGUAGAUAACCUCAUAUAUAGCUACAGGAGGGAUAUAUUAUUGUCUUACUAUGAGAGAUUGUGUCUCCAAAUACCCCUUAUUUUUUUAUAAUCAAUAUGAGCAUAAUCACUCAACACACCUAUGUAAAAGCUAUGUUGUGAUCAUUGUUAAACAUAUUUAAUAAAUGUGAUGUUUUCUGAGAAAGAGGAAGUCAUUGCAUCUGAAAUGGAAGAACAUGUUUUGAACUAGCCUAAAGACAUGGAAAUUGACAUAUUACAGUAAUUGCAAUUACUGCAGC